AUGACUUCCUCAGCAGAAGGUCCCAUGCAGUCCCCUCCGCUACCUGGUGAUGCGGAUGCCCCGCCAACCUUUCAAGAAUGGUACUCCUUCGAUGCACUCGCCAACUGUUGGAGCUUACUUCCAUCCUCUACCCCAGUGACAUGCGAUGAGAGCACAAUGCCAGCCUCGGACAAAGCGAAACUGAAGCAUCCUGCACUUAACCUUGUAACUUGGAAUGUAGAUGCCUUCGCCAAGUUUCCCGAUGACCGUAUGGCCGGCAUCAUUUCCACCAUACGCAAUCAAACUCCCCCACCUAACAUACUCUUCUUCCAAGAGGUUCCUAAGGCAGCACUGUUCUACCUCCUCAAUGAUCCCUGGAUUCGUGAGAAUUGGUACUCUAACGAGGGAAACCUCAGCAACUAUGGAGGUCAUGUAUUCAUGACCGUGAUACUCUUAUCCAAACUCAGUUUCGGUAGAGACAGUCAGGAACCAGACAAAGCAUGUAUCGGACCAGUCUGGCGAGUUAAAUAUCGAAGUAAGUUUGAGCGAGACGCUCUCUGCUGUGAUGUCUUCAUGCCACCGUUUGCUACCCGUGUCCGUUUGGUCAACGUGCAUCUGGACUCUCUUGCUCUUCAGCCAAGUCGUCGUCCGCGGCAGCUCGCCAUCGUUGCGAAUAGUCUCCGUUGUGCUGGGCAUGGCUUCGUUGCAGGAGACUUCAACCCUGUCCUCCCAGAGGAUGACAGUCUCGUGGCCGCGAACGGUCUGGUAGAUGUGUGGAACGAGCUGCACCCCGACGAACCAGGCUUCACCUGGGGUCUUGAUGGCCGGGAGCCUUUCCCUCCAGGUCGGUUGGACAAAGUGGCCGUUCUUGGCCUGAAGGGGCAAGAGAUGGACAUUCUUCAUCCCGGUGCGCUCGAAAGCGCGGGACAAGGUCUACUGCGACGACAACUGGAUACCCCAGUGCCAUGGAGUGACCAUUCAGGUUUAAAGUGCUGCUUACGUCUUGCUGAAGAGCCCUCGCUCCCAGCGCACCCACGUGGCUCUAGCAACCAUUUCUAUUCCAGUUCACCCCAAGUGGUCGAACGCGUCCAUCUACAAUUGGAUGCGUAUGAUAAGGCAAGAAAUGGUCGUCUCCAAUAUCCCCAAUACAGAUCCAUCAAUGCGUCCAAUAAGCACCCCCCACAAUUGCUACAUACACUAGCGUCAGACGUGCAUGACGCACACGUCUAUGUUAUCCGUCUCUUUGAGAGAACUACGUGGCUUAUCGUGGUUUCCUACUGUAGAGAGCACGAGAGGGAGUCCGAUUUGACAGAGCAGUCUUUGCCUAAAAUGGUAGUAGUUACUCCAGUUCCUCCGUAUGGGUUAUGGAAAUGCCAGUAUGAUCGUUCAUAA